AUGGGACCUCAGACAAAAAAGCGCAAGGUAUCCAAGAUCGAGGAGAUCAAUUUUGAUCACGAUGACCGGCAUCAAUUCCUCACUGGCUUUCGCAAACGAAAGCAACAACGAAUUAAACGUGCACAGGAAGUGGCAGAGCAAAAAAAUCGAGAAGCAAAACGUGAGGAAAAGAAACGGAUCCGACAAGAGCGAACCGCAGAUUUCCAGCGAGCGCUAGAAGAGCACCGGAAACAAUUGAAAAGACUUCAAGGGGAGAAUAGUGACAGCGAUGGGUCUAAUUCUGAGCGCGAUAGUGAUGAGGGCGGGGAUCAGGAGUGGGAAGGAUUUACGGAGCCACCGGCCGUGGAUUACGAAGCAGAAUACAUCGAUGAGGAUAAAUACACGACCGUCACAGUAGAGGAGAUGGAUCCCUCGAAAGAAGGGUUGAUGGAGGCACAAGAAGAUGCCUCAGAUGAAGAUGCGCAGACGACAUCGAAGUCCGAUCCGAAGACAGAACAGUCCGUCGGGAAAACAAAGAAGAGGAUAGCCGAUAGCAAGCCCAAAAAGAAAAAGAAAAAGUUUCGGUAUGAAAACAAGGAAGAACGCAAGCUUCUGCGGGCGAAGGAGCGUCUGUCGAACCACAGGAAAGCUCAGGCUCGACGUGAGCGAUGA